GAUACGGUCGACAUUCUUCGCAAGUGGCACCGCUGGUGUGACCGUAUGAAGGAGCUUGGCGGAACCCUUCCUGAUAGAGAGUUAGAAGCCAUUAUCCAUCGCACUGGCUCUAAGGAUAACGAUAAGGCUAAGGAGGCUAAUGCAGCAGCCGGAGCAAAGGUUAAGGGUGUGGAGGAGGGAACGCCCGUCACUCUCGAGGCACUGAACGCCCAGAUUGAGUCCCUGCGAGCCAUGGCUCAGGAGCACGAGGAUAUGAAGGACUUGGAACGUGCAGAAGUGACUCUAGCCGGCGAGUCGAAGGAGGUGUCAUGGAGCAAGAGGAAGGGCCUCAAGGUCAUCCACCCACGUCUAGGACCGUUGAAGGCAGAGCUUCAACAGCUGUCCUCCCCCGUGGAUCCAACCGAAUCUAUUAAGAGGUUCGGCUUUGUGAAGACCUCCCGGGUUUGUCAGAUUCUGACGGUUGGAACCUUGAAUACUUGGGAGUUGACAUUCGGGAUAAAGGAGGCAUGGAAGGAGUUUCAGCAGUGGGCGAGGGUGAAGACCAUUGAUUUCUGUCAGGGAUCGUUGGGACAUGAGUGGUUGAGGUGCUUGACCAACAGAUCUCACACCACCUUCAGGCUUGCCAAGAGAGGAGAUGCCAGUGUGCUUGAUGAUAUGCCCGGGGCACCUGAUGAGUAUGAACCCACAGAGAUCGGUGAUGAUCAUGAAGAUGCCUCGUUGGACUUCGACCAAUACGUUGAUGAAGUCCACGCCCAACAUCCUGCCACGAUGAUAACAGCUGUUGACGGCCCUGAUGAUAAAGACGGGAUGAGUCAGAAAGAUGAUAAUGAGCCUUCAGAGUAUGAGUGGAUUGAUGAUAAGCAGCUAGAGCAAGAGUUGCAGAAGACGACCAAUCCGGUCGAGAUGAUCACUCUGAGAUACUUCGUCGGGCUUAAGUCUAAGACUGGCCCCGACGUGGCCGCAGGCAUACAGCAGAUGAUAUUGAGGAUAACACAGAAAUUCCCAGUGAGGAUACUUCAUUGCGAUCCAGGCACUGAAUUUACCUCAGAAGCAUUGAUGAAGUGGCUGCCAGGAUGGUUUAAGUCCCGCGCCAGAACACUGCUUGCCUCCAGUGCCGUACCACCUACGUACUGGCCCAUAGCCAUGAGAUGGGCAGCAGAGGCACACAACCGUUCUGUGUUGGGGCAAGAGCCCAUUCCAGCGUUCGGCCAGACAGUUUUGCACAAACUCAAGAAGCCUGCAGGGGGCCAUAAGGAGUUGAUUACUAGAUGGGUGAAGACUAAGUAUGGUGCACCCCACUUAACAGUAACAGAUGGUCACGUCUUGCUCACUGAUGAGGGCAAUCUCGUAGCCUCGAGGGGUUUUCGGACCGGAAUAGCAGAUCCCGAAAUCCUGAGAGAAGCACAGCCUCCGCCACUUCAAGAGCUUGAAGCUCCAGAGGAAGAGGAGGAGGAGUUGAUACCGGAGGGUGACAUAGUCCCCGCUCUCCCCGAAAGACGAUUGCAGGAAAAGACGACGGUAAGGUUUAUUGAUGGAGGAGUUGAAGAAGAUAAUCCUGACAAUAUAGCGAGAAUAGGUUUGCUCGAUGGAGAUUUCUCUGAUGAACUCUUCAGAAGGGCGACCUCCGCUCUCCAGAAGGUGGAACUGCCCACUACAGACCGCCGAGGAGAGCUGAAGGGCCGCUUCGUGCUUGGAGCAUAUGCACAUGGUGGAAAUAGAGGGGUCACGGAUUAA